AUGAAAAUAACACAUAUUAGGCAGAAGAGUCAUCAUGAUGCGAGAAGAAGAGAUUUGAAAUUUAAGAAAGGUGAUCAUGUGUUCCUUAGAGUUAAUCAUGUGACGUGCGUUGGAUGUGCGCUGAAAUCGAAGAAGUUGACUCCUAAAUUUAUUGGUCCAUAUCAAAUUUCUCAGAGAAUUGGGGUUGUUGCUUAUAGAGUGGCCUUACCAUCCGAUCUUUCGAAUUUACAUGACGUAUUCCAUGUAUCACAACUUUGGAAAUAUAUUCGUGAUCCAUCUCAUGUGAUUAGGAUGGAUGAUGUGCAAGUGAUGGACAAACUUACGACAGAAGCAUUGACCGUGAGAAUUGAGGAUCAGAAAUUGAAGAAGCUGAGAGGCAAAGUGAUUACUCUAAUGAAAUUUGUUUAUGGAGGAGUAGUUGUGAGAGUUGGAGAGCCGAAUAUGGGAAACAUACCCCGAAUUGUUCUCGUCGAGUAA